AUGAAAGGAAAGCGUUUGAACAAGAGUGCAGUGAUCGAAAUGUAUGGAAAGUACGUGGGCGCCUACGGCAGGUUUGCUUUGCACCCUGAAAACCUGGGAGCUGGAGGAGGGAAUGACAUUCAGUGGUGUUUUUCUCAGGUGAAAGGGGCGGUAGAUGAUGAUGUUGCAGAAGCAGACAUAAUUUCUACGGUAGAAUUUAACCAUUCUGGAGAAUUACUAGCAACGGGUGAUAAAGGCGGUAGAGUCGUCAUCUUUCAACAGGAGCAAGAGAACAAAACUCCGUCUCGCAGCAGAGGAGAAUACAAUGUUUACAGUACCUUCCAGAGCCAUGAGCCAGAGUUUGAUUACUUGAAAAGUUUAGAAAUCGAAGAGAAGAUCAACAAAAUUAGGUGGUUGCCCCAGAAAAAUGCUGCUCAGUUUUUAUUAUCUACUAAUGAUAAAACAAUAAAAUUAUGGAAAAUUAGCGAAAGGGACAAAAGACCAGAGGGGUAUAACUUGAAGGAGGAAGAUGGAAGGUAUAGAGACCCUACUACAGUGACUACACUACGGGUGCCCGUGUUCAGGCCCAUGGAUCUGAUGGUAGAGGCCAGUCCCCGGAGGAUAUUUGCCAACGCUCACACGUACCACAUCAACUCCAUCUCCAUCAACAGUGACUAUGAAACGUACCUGUCUGCUGACGAUUUGAGGAUUAAUCUCUGGCACCUUGAAAUUACAGACAGAAGUUUUAACAUCGUGGACAUCAAGCCCGCCAACAUGGAAGAGCUGACGGAGGUGAUCACCGCCGCCGAGUUCCACCCCAACAGCUGCAGCACCUUCGUCUACAGCAGCAGCAAAGGGACCAUCCGGUUGUGCGAUAUGCGAGCCUCCGCCCUCUGCGACAGGCACUCGAAGCUGUUUGAGGAACCGGAAGAUCCCAGUAACAGAUCAUUUUUCUCUGAAAUCAUCUCCUCCAUUUCCGACGUCAAAUUCAGCCACAGUGGUCGCUAUAUGAUGACGAGAGAUUAUCUGUCGGUGAAAAUCUGGGACUUGAAUAUGGAAAACAGACCUGUGGAAACCUAUCAGGUGCAUGAAUACCUCAGAAGCAAACUUUGCUCACUUUAUGAAAAUGACUGCAUUUUUGACAAAUUUGAGUGUUGUUGGAAUGGGUCUGACAGCGUCGUGAUGACGGGCUCGUACAAUAAUUUCUUCAGAAUGUUCGAUAGAAACACGAAGCGCGACAUCACCCUAGAAGCCUCGAGAGAAAACAACAAGCCGCGCACCGUCCUGAAGCCCCGCAAAGUCUGCGCCAGCGGCAAGCGGAAGAAGGACGAGAUCAGCGUCGACAGCCUAGACUUCAACAAGAAGAUUCUGCACACUGCCUGGCACCCCAAGGAGAACAUCAUCGCCGUAGCUACCACAAACAACCUGUAUAUAUUUCAAGACAAAGUGAAUUAGGGUUGGCGUCCCACGCAGAAGAGUCCACGUCCGGCAUAGUUGAGAUAGUUGAAUCUAGCAUUUGUAUCUGUGCGUGAGUGAGAGAGAGAGAGAGAGAGAGAGUGAGAGACUGAGAGACAGAGAGAGGCAGAGAGAGAGAGAGAGAGAGGCAGGCUCACUGAGGCGCCCCUUUCCAAGUGUGUAAAAAUGUGCCAUGUGACAACACACUUUUCGAGCUCCAUGGAGAAAGCCCCGAGGUUUGAUUAAUCGCCGCGCUGUUCUCCAUGUCUGCCAGCCAGUUAGGUGAAGGUAGGGCAGGGCACUUUUUAAUUUAAAUGACUACUUGCACCAUCUUGCCUAAUGGACUAGAUUGGACUGUAUCAACAUUGGUUUACUCCACUUUUUAUGCCUUCCAUUGUGAUGACGUCAAACACAGUGAAAGCCUUCAGUCAUGCUAUGGGAUUUAAUUGUGUAACUUCAUUACUGUAUCAUUUGUGGCCCUUUUUUAUUAAAUACAGCUCAUUCUUACUGUG